AGGACCCCCUACUUUCUCGCCAUCCUGUUGCUUGAAUCCGGAAUUUGUCCCAAAGGGUCAUAGAACGCCUCAUAGAGCCCCGGGUAAACGAAGGCGAGAUCUUCGAACGCGCUCUCACUCGACACAGUUUGGGUCCGUCUCAACUCGGAGCAGUGAUUAUGAUAUGGCCGCAGGAUUCCAACGCAUGUCUGGAGAUGCGAGGCGAUUCCAAUCUUCCUCUGGCCUGAACCGCUCCGAAAACCGCGCUCCAAUGAGCAACGUACUGUGCCGUAACGGUCCUCAGUGCCGCAAAUUCCAAGAAGGUUAUUGCGAUCUUCCAUCAUCCUCCCACGAAGCAAGCUCACCGAAUGACAGGGACAUGUAAUUUCAAUCAUGACUUCAGCGCUGUCCCUUCAAACGGGCUUGGGCUACCGAAGAAGGCGCUCAAUAUCGAUUCGCCCGCCUUUACCCCGACAUUCUCUCCUACUAUCCCAAGUGUACAGCUGUCGAAGCUUGGCAUCUCUCCCAAGGCCGCUUCGGCGGCCGUAUUCACCCCUAAAGGCUCCGGUGCCGUGACACCUGCAACGAAAAGCCAUUCCAAGGAGUCAUCUGGCGAGUUCAUCCCACAGCAAACAUUCCAGCCGACUCCACAGUUCAACGAAUUUGUGCCGGGGCAAAGCUUUAUUCAACAGCAACAAACACAGCUCGACCCUCAAGUGCUUCAAACCCACUUGGACGCUUACAAUGAUCCGUUCCUCACACAAUCAGGAAUGGCCAACCUGGAUGGAGCUCAGGCCCAGAUGAAUCCAUAUGCCUCGCCCACCGCCGGAGUUGCCGGCCAACAAUUCUUCCAAGAUCCUUCAAGUUACAAGCAUCCCUUAAACUAUCAUCUCUACGCUUCAGUUGGGCCACGGCGAGAGAACCUGAUGGCGUACCAGCGCAACACGGCCGACUUUUUCAUCCCGGAUACCUUACGCGAGGAUUUGCAGCGCAAAGCCGAGGCCACCCUGCAAACGUUCAGCAACAGCACACUGCCACACAGCGUAGAGUAUUUCCACUCGCUCGUCGCUCUCGACACGAACAACCAAAAGGGACAGAGUAUCUUCGGCUAUCAGAGCUGGCUAUACAAAGCAAUUUCUAGUCGCGAUGGCCAUACAUACGCAUUGCGACGAAUCGAAGGCUUCCGGUUGACAAGUGAGGCUGCUAUCCGGACUGUGCAGAACUGGAAGCGUAUCAGCAACAGCAGUCUUGUGCAGGUGCACGAUGCAUUCACCGGCCGAUGGUUCAACGAUAGCUCUCUUAUCAUCGUGACAGACUAUCACCCGCUAUCGCAGACUCUGGCAGACAAGCAUUUUGCGGCUGGCAGACAUGUGGGCGGCCGUCCCAAUUCGCACAUUGUCCCCGAAAAUGAGAUCUGGGCAUACAUCGUGCAGAUUGCCAGCGCGCUGAAAGCCAUCCACGACGGUGGCUCGGCAGCGCAGACUGUGACUGCGUCCAAGGUGCUUCUGACCUCGAAGAACCGUGUACGGGUGAAUGGAUGCGGAGUUCUGGAUAUCGUGCAGUAUGAUCAUCGCAAGCCCGUCGACGAGCUCCAGCGCGCCGAUCUGCAAGACCUCGGCCGUCUGAUCCUAUGCAUCGCCGCUCGGAACCCCACGGCGUACAAUCAGAUCCCAAAGGCCCUCGACACCGUCAGCAGAUCCUACACCGAGAGACUGCGAGCGUGCAUCGCGUGGCUGGUGACGCCUCCACCAUCUGCACAGCAAGAUCCAGCAGCCUCCCCCGAGCCCCAGCACCAGCUGCUCUCCGACUACAACAUCAAUAUGCUCCUCAACAACAUCGCCGAUAAAGUCAUCACCGCCUUCGACAGCGCGCUGCACCACGAAGACGAGCUCUCGUCGAACCUCAUGCGCGAGCUCGAAAACGGCCGGCUCGUCCGCCUCCUCACCAAACUCAACAUCAUCCUCGAAAGACCCGAACUCGCCCCAGCGACCACAUCCCACCACCACAACAACAACAAUCACCACCACCAAUCAGCCCCCGGCGCCCCCUCGUCUUCCUCAACCCCCACCCCCUCCCUCCUCAACCAGCCCUCAACCGCCUGGUCCGAGACAGGCGAGCGCUACUACCUCAAACUCUUCCGCGACUACGUCUUCCACCAAGUCGACCACAAGGGCCGCCCCGUGCUGGACCUGGGCCACAUCCUCGCCUGCCUGAAUAAGCUGGAUGCCGGCGUGGACGAGAAGUUGCAGCUGAUGAGUCGCGACGAGCAGAAUAUUUUCAUCGUGACGUUUCGCGAGGUGAAGAGGGGGUUUGAGGCGGCUUGGGGCGAGAUUUCGAAGGCGAGUAAUCCUGCUAGGCGGUAGGGGACAAGAAGAUUGGAGGGAAAGGGAAGGGGAGGAGGUUGGAGAGGAGGGUGUAGUGGAUGUUUGCUUGACUGUCUGUUACAUGGAUACAUACAGUGUGGAUAAGGUAGAUGGCAGAAGUAGGAAAUGAGAAA